AUGGAAGCGUUGCUGAAUAAACGAAACAUUGCUAUCGAAAGGCUGAAACGAGAACACGCGAGUGCAAGAAUCUUGUGCUCACAAGACCCUCCAGCGAGUGAAAUUAAAGAUCGCCUACAGAAACUGGUGAAUAUGGAGGAGAACUUUGACCAGAUUCGAUCCGAAAUCGAGGAGCAAUCUAACCCGGAUGAUUUGUCGUCUGUGUUAAACGUUCGGUCGGAUUUCGAAAAAAUCUAUUAUGCGACGAAAAAUUUGUAUGUUCCGAUGUUGAAUGAGGAACAAGAAAUCGGUAGUGAUCAGACUGUUACGGACACUAGUAGUGGUUUAAAAGAAGCAGUAAGAGUGUUACUCGAAACACAAAGGGCGUUGCUGACCAGACAAGCUGCAGCUUCAACAUCUGUGGAGGAGUUGGCUGUCCAGUUUCGCGGAAGGCAAGCAGAGCCAAUCGAUACACAAUUACCGUCGUAUAGUCUUCCUGUCUUCAAAGGUGAGAGAAAACAGUGGCCUUCAUUUAAGGACCUGUUCAUCAGCAGCGUAGACCGGAAAAAUCUCACGAAUGCACUCAAGUUGCAACUUCUGAUGUCACAUUUAGAAGGAGAAGCGAAAAGUCUUGUGAGUAGUUAUACUGUCACCGAUGCUAACUAUAAACAAGUAUGGGAUACCCUGGUCGAGCAUUACGACAAACCGAAAUUCGCUGUUUCGUCGCUUGUUCAGGAAUUCUGCGACCAGCCGGUAAUCAAGGUGCCAAACCUGGCAAAUCUACGAAAGCUCGUAUCCACUUCCGAUGAAGUUAUACGCCAGCUAAAAGCUAUGGGAGAACAACACGAGACGAGAGAUCCCUGGCUCAUCCACUUAAUUCUCAAGAAGCUGGAUGACGGACUGCGAUCUCAAUGGGCACAGUAUAGCGUUGACACCGAAAACUCAACGUUCGACGAUCUGAUGAAGUUCCUGAAACGCAAAUGCGAUACGUUCGAGACCUGUGCUGCUUUCGGUAGUAGACGAUAA